CAAUCUUCAUUUUCUUUUUCCCUCUUUUUUCCAAAAAUUAAAACCGACUUAAGUUUCCUUUCAUAAAUAUAAAACGAAGAUAAGAAAACCCAAACCAAAUAAUUCUUCAAUUUCCAUUUCUCUCCCACUCAUAUUAUUUCCACACCUCAAAAAAAUAAAAAUAAGUAAAUAAGUAAAUAAAUAAAUAAAAACACCCAAAAAAUCUAAAAUUCUAAAAACUAAACAUCCAGCGCUCAAUUCUCUCUCUUUCACUUCCCUCGAGGCGUCUCUCUUCCCUCUUUCUCUCUCCUCCAAAUCUCUAAACCCUAGAACUCUUGCUAGGGUUUCUACCUUUUCCCCAAUUUUUCUCACCCUUUUUUUUUCUAGGGUUUUAGAUCUCUAAUUUGAAGAAAUUGCUCUCGCAAUUUUCAUUUCUUAGUUAAUUUCGUUGUUGUUUUAGCUCGAUUUAGCUCAGAAAUUUUACUUCAAUGGACGCCCGAAAGAGAAGACAUGAUGCUGGAGCUGCAAACGCUAAUGGCGGAUUCAAGAAGUUCAAGCAAGAAUCGGAUUCAAGUGGUAUAGGAAGCAAAUCAAAGCCUUGCACCAAGUUCUUCAGUACAUCUGGAUGUCCAUUUGGAGAAAGUUGUCACUUCCUGCACCAUGUCCCCGGUGGCUACAAUGCUGUCUCUCAGAUGAUGAACUUACCGACCAUAUCAAGAGUUGCUCCACCUCCUCCACAAGCUCCUAAUGGCUCUGCAGCUACUGUCAAAACCCGCCUGUGCAACAAGUACAGCUCUGCUGAAGGUUGCAAAUAUGGUGACAAAUGCCAUUUUGCACAUGGUGAGUGGGAACUGAAUAAACCUGUUGUUCCGUCCUUUGAUGAUCCUCGUGCUAUGGGGGGGCUACCCAUGCAUGGACGCUUUCUUGGGAGAAACGAGUCACAUGUUCCAGCUGCUCUGCCUGCCGGUUUUGGUGCCUCUGCUACUGCUAAGAUUAGUGUUGAUGCCUCCUUAGCAGGGGCCAUUAUUGGUAAGAGUGGUGUGAACUCGAAGCAGAUUUGCCGUCAAACAGGAGUAAAGCUUUCAAUUCGGGAUCAUGAUUCUGACCCUACAAAGAGAAACAUCGAACUCGAAGGAAAUUUUGAUCAGAUAAAGAUGGCAAGUGACAUGGUACAUGAUCUCGUAGCAAGUGUUGGUGCAAAUGCUCCCAUGAAAGCUUCUGGAGGACCCGGAGGCCAUGGACCUGGAGGCCAUGGACCUGGGGGUCAUGGAUCUGCAGCUCAUGGACCUGCCUCAAGCAAUUACAGGACCAAGCUCUGUGAGAAUUUUACAAAGGGUUCAUGUACUUUUGGAGAUAGGUGCCACUUUGCUCAUGGGGCAGCCGAGCUACGAAAGUCUGGAGUAUGAGUGUUUGCAGAUCCCAAUUUUGUUAGUUGGGUUUUCUGUCUUCAAGAUGAUGGGUUUGUUUGGCCCUAAUCUUGAAUAUGGCUAAUCCAAUCUAGACUUUCUGUUAUGUUAAAUGAGGUUCAAUGAUGCGAAGGGUUCUCUUAUUUGCUCGUUGUUGCUAGAUUGCUUGUUUUACUUAGGCUUUGUGGUUGUUAGAUGGAUGAUACUUGUUUGCUUUUCCUACCUUUAAUAGAUAGAUUUCUGGUAAAGGACAGGGGUGAUGGUCGGUCAUACUUCGAAGUAAUUGUUGCCAGGAGAAGAAGAGCAUUAAAUGAAGGCAAAAGAACAGCGCCGCGUGGCGGACUGGCAGUGUAAUUUAUAGUCCUGGAGUUGUAUCCGGAGUCUGACUGAUAUGUGGACUGUGAGGGGAUAGCUAAGUAAUGAUCAUAAAACUUUCAGCACCUUGAAUUUGUCUAUUGUAUGCUUAAAUUACAUCUUGUCACUUCGACUA